AUGAUGGGUAAAGGAACUGUUUCCGGGUGGAAACGUCGGGUAAACAUGUGCUGUCUGUUCAACAAGUGUCAGCAGCAUGGAAGUUCCCUGAAACAUGUUCAUGGCCAUGGGAUUGGGACUCCUGACCGAAAUUACCGAAACACCCCUCUUCAUAAUCCUCUGACGUGUCUCCUUAUCUGUUGUGAUCUGAGAAGUAUGGUGAAGGACACUACCUACUAUGAUGUAUUGGGUGUCAAUGUUGAGGCCUCCUAUGCUGAGAUUAAAAAGGCUUACUAUGUGAAGGCAAGGAUUGUUCACCCAGAUAAAAAUCCUGGAGACCCAAAGGCUGCUGAAAAUUUCCAAGCACUUGGCGAGGCUUAUCAGGUUUUAAGUGAUCCAGAUAAGCGUGAAGCAUAUGACAAGCAUGGAAAGGCAGGCAUACAACAGGACUCCAUGGUAGACCCUGCAGCUGUGUUUGGGAUGCUUUUUGGGAGUGAAUAUUUUGAAGAUUAUGUUGGUCAACUUGCUUUGGCUUCUUUGUCAUCUGUUGAAAUUGAGGAAGAGACGCAGGAUCCUGAAGUCCGUAGGCAGAGAGUCCAAGAAAAAAUGAGGGCCUUGCAGAAGGAAAGGGAAGUAAAGCUCAUAACUAUUCUGAAAGAUCGCCUUCAACCAUUUGUUGAUGGCCGUACAGAUGAGUUUGUAAAGUGGGCAAAUUCAGAAGCAAGGCGCCUCUCAACAGCUGCUUUUGGCGAGGCUAUGUUGCAUACGAUUGGUUAUAUUUACACGAGAAAAGCUGCAAGAGAAAUUGGAAAAGACAAACGAUACAUGAAGGUACCAUUUUUAGCAGAAUGGGUGCGAGAUAAAGGACACCAGAUAAAGUCACAAGUAUCAGCAGCUUCAGGUGCUGUAGCAUUAAUUCAACUACAGGAAGAUCUAAAGAAGUUAAACCAAGGUGAAAACAAGGAAGAGACCUUAAUGAAAGCCAUUGAAGAUAAGAAGGAUCAAGUGCUUAAUUCCUUAUGGCAGAUUAAUGUGGUUGAUAUUGAGUCAACCCUGUCACGUGUCUGCCAAGCUGUACUUAAAGACCCCACUGUGUCCAGGGAUGUUCUGAGAGGGCGGGCUAAAGCACUGAAAAAGUUAGGAACAGUCUUCCAAGGUGCAAAGGCUGCUUAUAGUAGAGAGAACAGUCUCCGCCAUGAAAAUGACACCAAGAUAGAUUCUGCGUCAUCGUCGUAA